CUGCGGAGCCGAGCCGGCUGCCAUGCUGCUCUUCUGCCCGGGCUGCGGGAACGGGCUGAUCGUGGAGGAGGGACAGCGCUGCCACCGCUUCGCCUGCAACACCUGCCCCUACGUGCACAACAUCACCCGCAAGGUAACAAAUCGGAAGUAUCCAAAGCUGAAAGAAGUGGAUGAUGUGCUUGGCGGAGCAGCAGCCUGGGAGAAUGUUGACUCUACCGCAGAGCCAUGUCCUAAAUGCGAACACCCUCGUGCCUAUUUCAUGCAGCUUCAGACCCGCUCUGCAGACGAGCCGAUGACCACCUUCUACAAAUGCUGCAGUGCUCAGUGUGGGCACCGCUGGAGGGACUAGGCCCAGGCGGGCCCAGCCGUGCCGUUGUCUGCUUACCUCGUUCCCCAGGCUAGAUUCCCAGCCAGGGGUGUGAACUGUUUGUCCCAAAACGUCUUGGCUGGCGUGGCGAAAAGCUAGCCCUUUCAGGGGCGCUGGUCACGGUGCCACAGCUGUAGCCCGUCGGCAGUCAGUGGCUGAGCUCCGUUACGUGCAGGGAGAUUUGUGUGUGGAUGGGGGAUGCAGAAGGAAGGGUGAUCCGUUCAAUGUCCUGCUCAGCGAUGUCGUAUGUGUAUUGGCUAACAGACAUUCUCUCUUCAUCA